CAUAUUGUGCACCAGUCGUGUGUGGGUGAUGGUGACUUGGGCACAAUAAAAUCACGAAUUUGAGGAAUUUUGACAUCGCACAGCCAAAGGCUUUACCGUCAAGAUGCCCACGUAUUUCCAGCGCCCGGAGAAUGCCCUGAAAAGGGCAAAUGAAUUCAUCGAUGUCGGCAAGAAGCAGCCGGCCUUGGAUGCGCUCUAUGAUGUCAUCAAGAGCAAGAAGCAUCGGACAUGGCAGAAGAUUCACGAGCCAAUCAUGGACAAGUAUCUCACGCUCUGCGUUGAGCUACGGAAGAGCCACACUGCCAAGGAGGGCCUCUACCAGUACAAGAACAUCUGCCAACAGGUGAAUGUGAAAUCUUUAGAGGAUGUUGUGAGAGGCUACCUGCGUCUUGCCGAGGAAAAGACUGAAGAGGCUCGCAAGGCAUCGGAACAAACCGUCUUAGACAUUGAUGAUCUGGAUAAUGUUGCCACACCUGAGAGCCUUCUUCUGAGUGCUGUAAGCGGUGAGGACACCCAGGCUCGUACGGACCGCAUUAUGCUCAUACCGUGGGUCAAGUUCCUGUGGGAGUCCUACCGCCAGUGCCUGGAUCUGCUCCGUAACAACAACCGUGUGGAGAAGCUGUACCAGGACAUCGCUCAGGAUGCUUUCCGCUUCUGCCAGAAGUACCAGAGGAAAACUGAGUUCAGGAAACUGUGUGACAAUUUGAGGAACCAUCUUGGUCUGAUCCAGAAGCACCAGAGUCAGACGACGGCCAUCGAUCUGAACAAACCAGAGAGCCAGCAGCUUCACCUUGACACGCGGCUCUUCCAGUUGGACACUGCCAUCACUAUGGAGCUCUGGCAGGAAGCUUACAAGGCAGUGGAGGACAUCCAUAGUCUGAUGGGACUCUCCAAGAAGCCCCCGAAGCCCCAGAUGAUGGCCAACUACUACCAGAAGCUUGGUCUGGUCUUCUGGAAGUCUGGCAACGGCCUCUUCCAUGCGUGUGCUCUGCACCGUUUGCUGCAGCUGUCUCGUGAGCAGCGAAAGAAUCUGACUCAGGAGGAGAUACAGAGGAUGGCAACCCGUGUGCUUCUAGCCACCCUCGCUGUUCCCAUCCUACCUCCCCGUAACGACAUCGGGGAUAUGCUGGACAUGGGGGACACUGCAAUGGAGAACAAGCGCAAGCUGGCCAACCUCCUGGGACUGCAGCUGCCACCGACCAGAUCCCAACUCGUCAAAGACCUGGUGAAGUACAGUGUGAUUCCGUUUGUGAUGCCCCAAGUCAAGGAUCUCUAUAACUGGUUGGAAGUAGAGUUCCAUCCGUUGGAGCUGUGCGAGCGUGUGAGUUCGGUCUACAAGAUGAUCCAAGAAGGUGGUGAAGGUGAACUGAAGCAGUACAUUGAAGCCCUGCAAGACAACACCAUUAUGCGUCUACUGAAACAGGUCGCUCAGAUCUAUGAGACGAUGUCUUUGUCUCGCCUGGCUGUCCUUGUGCCAUACUCAACUCAGUUUCAUCUGGAGAGAGUCAUCGUAGAUGCUGCUCGCAAUGGGGCUGUACAGAUCAGAGUGGAUCACUCCACAAAGUCUCUCGUGUUUGGCGGGACGGUGUCCAUAUCCCAGCAGGAUGAGCAGAUCAGCGAAGGACCACAUCUUCAGGAUCAAGCCUCCGAUCAGAUCCGUAACCAGCUCAGUCAGAUGUCUAUUACCCUGCACAAGGCUAUCAAGAUCAUCCGCCCAAUGCAUAUGGUGAAAGAGGAAGAGAAUGAGAAGCAAGUGAUGAUCCAGCACUACCGUCGUACGGCUCGCAAAGAACAUGAGCGUAUCCUGACUCGUCGCCACAUCAUUGAGUAUCGUAAAGAGAAGCUGGAGCAUAUUACCGUCCAGAGGGAAAAGGAGGAGCAAGAAGUCAUUGAGAAGCAGCAGCGCAACCAGCGUGAGAUGGAGGAGAAGCGUCUGGAGAGAGAGGCACUGGAGCGUCAACGUAAGAAGGAACAGGAGAAGGUGGAGGAGAUUCAACGCUCACAGGCCAGGGAGAGGAUUAAGAUGCUCAAGCAGUCCACGGUCAGCCAGAAGGUCUUCAAGAAACUCAACGAAGAGGAAUUGGAGAAGCUAGAUCCGGAUGAGAUCAUGGCCAAGCACGUUGAACAGCUUGAAGUGGAGAAGAAGGAGCUACAGAUGCGUCUGAAAGCCCAGGAGAAGAAAGUGGAUUUCUUUGCCAGAGCCAAGCGCGUUGAGGAGAUUCCUUUGUUGAUCAAGCAGUACGAGGAGCAGUCUGUCAGUGAUAAGAAGCUGUGGGAAGAGAUGGAGGAGCAGAGGAUCAUUGAAGCAACCAGUGAGAGAAAGGAGUCACUAGCUUGUAAAGAACGUCUAUCUCGCAUGGCGGAGGAUAAGAAGAACUUUGCUGAAAUGCUGGAGCAGACCCGCUUCAGUAUAUACAAGGAAAAGCUGGCCGAGUAUGAGCAGCUGGAGAAGGAGGAACGUGGCAAACGUCUUCAGGAGAGGAAGAAUCGUCGUAAGGAGGAACGCCGUCUUAAAUGGCUCAAGGAGAAAGAGGAAGAGGAACAACGCAAGAAGGACGAAGAAUUGAAACGAGCUCGUGAGGAGGAGCAGGAGAGACAAGAGGAAGAAUAUCGCAAGAAGGUCGAGGCUUUCCAAGAACAAGAGGCCAAACAACAAGCAAGGAUGAGAGAGAUCGACGAACGCCUCGAACGAGAAAAGGAAGGACGAGUGCAGUUGGCAAUGAAGAGCAGUCAACAACAACAACAACAACCUUCUGAGGAUAAAUGGCGUCGACGUCAAGUGAGUGAUAUGCCGAGGGAGAGGGAGAGAGAUAGACAACCUACGAAUGAUGAUGCUAAAUGGAGACGGUCUGCACCUGCUGAUGAAAAACCUGCUGAGAGACCUGCUGAGAGACCUGCUGAGAGUCGUCCAUGGCGCCCUUCCAGAGAGAAUCGAGAGAAGCAAGAUGUUUACCGACCCCCUCACCGUGAAGAAAGAGCUGACCCCCAGCAGGAUGAACCUGAAGAGAAGGAGCCCCGACAAGAGGCCAAACCAGAAGUUAGUGCAGAGGUACGGAGAAACCCGUACAGAAACGAAGAGGAAGAGAGGGAGUAUCAACAAAACCGUCGCGACAACUACCGCGACAUACGCAUGGAUGAUCCAGAGUUCCGUCGCAGCGCAGGUAUCAAGGACGACUUCGAUGGACCCAGCAAAGACCAGAAUGAUGCGAGAGAAGCUCCAGAACAGAGACGCAUGGAGUCUGGUCCGCCACCUAGUGAUCGUGACCAACCGCAGCGUAGCUAUCAACAGGAGGAGCGCUCUGGGCAAAAUGAUGAUGACCGCCGUCAGCCGGCCUACUCCAGUGAAGAGCGCCCUCGGGAGAUACGACGCAACUUUGAUGAUAGGGGUUCCGGAAGGGAUGGGGGGAAUUAUGGUAGAGGGAUGGAUGACAGGGAUGAUCGUGGUGGUAGGGAUGACCGUGGCGGUAGGGAUGACCGUGGUUUUGGUGGUAGAGAGGAUCGCGGAUUUGGUGGAAGGGAGGAACGUGGUUUUGGUGGGAGAGAUGAGCGUGGUGGCUUUGGUGGCAGGAGAGAUGAACGUGGUGGCUUCGGUGGUGGUAGGGACGAUCGUGGUGGCUUUGGCAGUGGUGGCUUUGAUCGUCGCGGUGGUGGUAGUAGUGCCUUUGGAAACAGAGAUGACCGAGGGUUUCAGAGAGAGGAGAGAGGUGGCUUCAGACAGGACCGAAGAGGCGACUCUCGUUGGGGAGAUGACCGACGUGAGGAGAAGUCCUGGGGUAGAGACGCCCGAGGUGGAGGUUCCAGGGAAGAACCAGGACGCAAUUGGCGUGAAGACCGUGGCCAAUCUCGAGAUGAACGAGCCCCAAUACGUCGAGGAGGUGAUGAUCGUCGAGGAGGUGAUGAUUGGGGGCGGGGAGGAGGCCGUGACCGUGGUGGGCAGGAAUCCCGGCGGGAUGAUGGUCAGUGGCGUCAAGGUGGUCGGGAUCGAGGAGGACCACCCCAACCAUCUGAGGAUAAAUGGCAACGCAGCGCACCUAAGCAGGACUUGUCCUCUGAGCAGCGGCCGUCCAAAGACGUCCCUCCUCCUCGUAAGCAGGAAGCAGAGCCUGAGAGCAAGCCUGCACCUGCACCUGCACCUGCACCUUCCAAGAAGUCUGAAGAGGAAGGUUGGGAGACGGUAAGACGUCGCUAA